AUGCGGGAUUUGUCCCAUCCUGUCUGUAAGGAACUAUUUACAGGUGUGCCGGCCGAUCGUAUAAUACUCUAUGGGCAGUCGAUAGGCACAGUCCCGAGCGUAGAUCUAGCUAGUCGCGAAGAUGUGGCUGCACUUAUUCUACACUCUCCUUUAAUGAGUGGAAUGCGUGUCGCUUUCCCAGGAACUCAGCGUACUUGGUGUUGCGAUGCUUUCCCAUCUAUAGAGAAAGUUCCUCGCGUGAAAUGUCCUACGCUUGUAAUUCAUGGAACAGAUGACGAAGUAAUCGAUUUCUCUCAUGGAGUUUCAAUCUACGAGCGAUGUCCAGCAUCUGUUGAGCCGCUGUGGGUGUCAGGUAAUGAAGUUUAUCUUCCGGUAACAGUAUUUUUAGUCUUGAAAGUUUGUAAAAGUGGUAUUAUCAACAGAGUGAAACGCGCUGGUCAUAACGAUGUUGAACUUCACGCUGCUUAUCUUGAGCGUCUGCGGAAUUUCAUUGAAUGUGAAGCUCGACGUUCAAAAGACGAUAUUGGCGUACGUGUUUAG